AAAAUGAAAUUAAAAAAAUAUACAUAAUAAAGGUUAAACAAAUAAAUAAAUAUUUGUUUAGGUUUAAAUGAAUCUUCUUUGGUAAAUCAACAGCUGCUCACAAUGCAGCACAACUAAAAUCUAAUAACUGAAAAUUCCCAACAAGGAGCAUCACAUUGCAUUGCUCUUUUUCUAAAAUGAAAUGAUAUGGAAAGAAUAAACCUAAAUUAAAGCUUUAUCGUUAUUUUUAUUCAAUAUUUUUUAUUCUCAGUUUCUUUAGUUCUGUUUAAUUGUAUAAAUAAACUUCUGAGAAUAAUUGGAAGUAUAAACUAUUGACCAGCAGCGACGCCAAAUCGGGAUAUAAACCACACCCAUCCUCAAACUGCCUUCAUUUUGAUCUUAAUGACACACCUGUAAAGUUUCAUGACUGCAUCUUAUUGUCGUGACGCCAUCACUGUGACAAAAUCUGACAACAUGUAAAUUCCAUGACACACACACACACACACACAGACUCGCAAGGUGAAAACAAUACCACAUGGUAAUCAUAGUAAAAUGCAACACAAUACUCAAGUAAACAUUUAGUGACAUUAGCACGUUAUAGACUCCUUACAUGGCCUCUCUCUGAGCUCCUUUCGUACUUUCUCUGAACAAACUGUGAGGUAGGAAUUUGUUGCUAAGGGUGGUAGAGCUGUACUGUUUGGAAGCGAGGCAAUGUUCCCUCCUGCGAUGAAACAAAAGGGAUUUAAUACAGUAAAAAAAGACGAAAUAGUCAAGGGAGAAGUAAGGGGAGGUGAAGAGUGUUUGUUUUCAUUUGCAGAAUAUGAAAUAUGAAGAGCCGAAUUGGAAAACUUGAAGGAGAAAAGGGGCAAGUCAAGGAACUUUAAUGCAUGCCCAAUCAGAAAGAAGGUACAUACCCCCUUUUACAACAACCCCUCCCUCUUCUUCUUCCCCGACCCCACCUCCCUUUUCUGUUCUGAGAGAGCAUGCGGAUAGUUGGUUGAGUCUGUGGUGGAGAGUGAGAGGCCCAGAGAGCCCGCAAGAGGGGAGCUGAGAUCAGUUAAAGAAGUCAAAAAAGGCAGGCAGGCAAGUGAUCUGGGAAAAGACAAGGUCAACAUGUCUGGGUACUAGAGCAGAAAGAAGGCAAGAAAGAAGGAUUUUGUCUAUCCAGAGGACUUCGUUUGUGAGAGGACAGCACAGGACAAGCAGUCAGGGGGCAACAAGAGACAGACAUACAGAAAGAAAGGGAACACCUGGACCAGCAGGGCAUUGAGUUACUUCCAGUCACAGGAAGCCCUUUCUCACUUUUUACGGCCACGUUCUCACAGCUUGGCUGCAGAACAAUUGGCUGUAGUUCUGUUUGCUGGGAUUUGAGAGGAGCAUGUUUGACUGUAUGGAGGCUCUGGGGCUUGGCCCGCGGGCCCGCUUUGAUGUGUCGGGACAAGGAUCAUGCAUGCUCGGCAAGGCAACCCCUUACUUCUCCGGCCUAGACCCCUUCGCCUGGACUGGAACUGGCAGCAUUCAGUCGGUGGAGACCCAGAGUACCAGCUCAGAGGAGAUGGUCCCCAGCUCUCCUUCUCCUCCUCCACCACCCCGGAUCUACAAGCCAUGCUUUGUGUGCCAGGACAAGUCAUCUGGUUAUCACUAUGGAGUGAGCUCCUGUGAGGGCUGCAAGGGUUUCUUUCGGCGCAGUAUCCAAAAGAACAUGGUUUAUACAUGCCACCGAGACAAAAACUGCCAGAUCAACAAAGUGACUCGCAACCGCUGCCAAUACUGUCGGCUGCAGAAGUGCUUUGAAGUUGGCAUGUCCAAAGAAGCGGUGCGUAACGACAGGAACAAAAAGAAGAAGGAUGUAAAGGAGGAGGUGGUUUUGCCAGAGAACUAUGAGCUGAGUGGAGAACUAGAGGAGCUGGUCAACAAAGUCAGCAAAGCUCACCAAGAGACCUUUCCAUCUCUGGUCCAGCUCGGAAAAUACACCACAAAUUCAAGUGCUGACCACAGAGUACAGCUGGACUUGGGCCUGUGGGAUAAGUUCAGUGAGCUGUCCACUAAGUGCAUUAUAAAGAUUGUGGAGUUUGCCAAGCGGCUACCAGGCUUCACUACGCUCACCAUCGCUGACCAGAUCACCCUCCUCAAAUCUGCAUGCCUGGACAUCCUGAUGCUGAGGAUAUGCACUCGCUACACCCCAGAACAGGACACAAUGACCUUCUCAGAUGGCCUGACGCUCAACAGGACCCAGAUGCAUAACGCUGGCUUUGGCCCACUUACAGAACUGGUGUUUGCCUUUGCUGGCCAGCUGCUGCCUUUAGAGAUGGAUGACACAGAAACGGGCCUCCUCAGUGCCAUCUGCCUCAUCUGCGGAGACCGUAUGGAUCUGGAGGAGCCACAGAAAGUAGACAAGCUGCAGGAGCCGCUGCUCGAGGCUCUGAAAAUCUACACCCGCCGCAGACGCCCAAACAAGCCCCACAUGUUUCCCCGCAUGCUGAUGAAAGUCACAGACCUCCGAGGAAUCAGCACCAAAGGUGCAGAAAGAGCCAUCACACUGAAGACGGAGAUCCCAGGGCCCAUGCCUCCACUGAUCAGGGAGAUGCUGGAGAACCCAGAGGCCUUCGAGGACAGCAGUGACUCAGGGGACAGCGCCACAGCCGCUCCCCCUGCCAUUCAAGCCAUCAAAAAAGAGGAGAAGGCCACAGAUGAGUCAGCCGUUGAGGAGGAGGAGGAUGAAGAGGAAGAGGACGACUACUGGGAUGAGGAGAAAGAGCGAGGGGCAGACAGUGAUGGGGAGCUGUCGGGGGAGGCGGCAGCGGGCGUGCAAAAGAAAGGUGGAACAGGGAAAACGCAGUGAGACAAGAUGAUGCUGCUUCCUCCUUCAGAUCACUGAGUCCUCCCAGAAACUUCACAGAAUUAGGCUCUUAUACAACAACCGUGUUGCAUACAGCACAUACAAAUACUGUAAAUGUUGACAAAGGAAAAUAUGUUAUAUUCAGUAUAGGAAGCAAGGAAUGGGAGAAGCAAAAGCACUACAUGUAAGUGGGUUGAGCAGAGCGCCAUGAAAAAUCACUGUGCCAAAAUGAGACUCUAAAAGAUUUUUCACAAGUGUUUUGUUCCACCCAAAGAGGAAUGAGAUGUGGUGGACAGAAGAAAAUGCACUCUUCAGCUAUCUAUAAGGGCUAUGCUUUAUAUACAAUUGCUGGUAAAAAAAAAAAAAGGUGGUGUCCAUUUGCCGCAAAUGUCUUGAGAACUAUUAUUACUAUUUAGAGAUUUGCAACUUAUUUUUUUAUUGUAUGGUUUUUAUAAGCAUGUAAACAUUUCUCUUCUGUCUUUUUGCCUGUUUGUGGGACUCUUUUCUUCUUUUUACUCAGUCAUGCUCGCAUUUGACUGGACAUAUAGUGAGUUUUUUUUCAAGCUUGUCUUUAAUAAGCAUUUCUGAGUUGUUGGAUACAGUGAAAAGCAAAGAUGACGAAGAGAGAGCCGGUCAUGAACAGGACUCAAACUCACAAUACGACAAGCAUGAAGCCCUUAUGGGUAAAACACAGAAUAAGAAGAAGACUGUUAUUUCAUCUCUGGUGCUUGUGAUAGAGAAACUAAUCAAUAAUGCAAAACAAACACAGCAGCAUAUUUCCACCAAAACAUAUUAGUUUGUAAUACUUCAACUCAUGAAUCUGCAGGGUAGAUUAAAUGUCAUCACACAAUCUCAGGUUGAUUCCAUCAGGGCCGCAUCACAUCUGACACAGCGCCAACAUCUUCAACAAGUAGGAUUAUUAAAAAAGGAAGUUGUUGGCCAUGAUGUGCAUGCCCUUUGUGAAGCCAUAAUAUUUUCAUUUUGUAAUAGUGAGCUAUGAAUCAUCCAAAUUUACUUCACAGAAAACCUCAGGUGUGUGUGUGUGUGUGUGUGUGUGUAUGAGUGUGUAACUGAGAGCAUUUAUUAACACACAGAGUGAUGUAGAGGUCCGCCAUUACUGCCAUAAUCCACACUCAGCAUUUAUGUCCAAUAAUUAGUAUGCUAAAACUGCACAUAAAAUGGGUUUUACAGCUAAAAACGUUUAAAAGUUCACUCCCCCAAAGGCGUCUGUUGGACAGUUGGAUAUUGAUGACGAUGCAAACUGACAUGAUCAAUUAAAUGAGGUCACAAUCAUCCACAUAAUUACCAAACAAACAAAAGCUUUACAUUGGGUGACCUGUCUGCCGAAGCACAGGGCGAUAAUUUCAAAUAUGUGUGUUCAUGUGUGAUGCGUCUAAAGAGUGAUGCAAUACAUGGAUUUUGUAAAAUAAAUACUUAUGAUUUCUUUUUUUAUUGAGACUAUACGGUUUUUUUCUGCAAGAUGUAUACAUCUGAAAUUAUCUAUGGAAUGAAAGACAAUGUGAGCCUGACUAAACACUUUGAUAGUUGUACGGUGAAGAUUCUCCAUCAGCAUGUUGUCCUUCAUGGCAUUGCAGUUCAGCUGCAACGUACUCUUGAUGUAGUUUGUUGAUAUUAGGGAUAAAAGGAUACAGCUAAUGUAUGAUAUCUGAAGAAAAGACUGCAUAUUUGUGAUGAUCAUGUGUGGAGACGUUUACUCCCUGAAUGAAGCAGAGAAAGAGAAGAUGUGGAGAAAGUUAAGAGAAAACAGAUCCUUCGUGACCACAGUGGCAGUGACCAUGAAUACAAGUCAGACCGGCCUUAAGUAGCUUUAGUACCAGAUGUUACGCCAGAAAAUGGAUUUAAAGUAUUAUAAUCAACCAUGAUGAUGUUUUUAGACUGUUCAAUUGUCAUUUGUGAUAUUCUAGGAUGAAAGCAUCACAGUCAAAUGACUGGGGUAACAAAUACAAGUUAUCUGCAGUGUGUCACACACACACACAUUUACAGAAACACAAUCAAUAUUUUGCACAUCAUCAGCCAAUCCUAGAUACUUUGUUCAGUAUUUAAAUGUCACAUAACGACGACAUUUCAUAUUAGAAUGUUUUCCUGUGGUCAACUUUGUUUUCUAUUUCUUAAACUUGUUUCUUGUAUUUGAGCUGGUGCAAUAGAUAAGCCGAGGAAGAGCACUCAAGGGGCUGAGCUCUGUAUGUCAGCAUGUGAGUAAAAUAAUAAGAAAGACCAAAGAUAUUACAUUACAUUUGGACAAAAACAAAUUAAACCACAUUACCAAAUAAAAUAUCUAUUAUGGUAAUUGAUGUGAAAUAUAUUUACUUUGUAUUGUGUGAUGGAGAAAAUGCCAUGAUCUCAAAUGACUUUUAAAGCUGGAACCAUCUUAUCUCUGUUACAUUUUGUUGUUGAGGUUCUUUUAACUGAUGUCUUUUUAUAUAAACAAUAUUUACAUUAUGCAAAUAACUGAUGUUCAGGGAUUUAGACACCUUGUGAAUUAUUAUUCAAUUGGACUUCAACUAAAACAGCUCUGACACACACACACACACACACACACACAAACACACACACAGACAGACAAAUAAAUACUGGGCUGAUCCGUUUGUGUUUUUACAUUUUGAAUUUUGCUUUAUUUGUUAUUUGUUGUUGUAUUUCUUGUAUUUUGAUAAAGGCGCUUUUUGUUCUUAAAUCUUAGAGCGUCCUGUUGCUGUCUUUCACUUUACACCUUUACAAGGAAAGUCUUAAGACGGAGAUGUCCAAAUACAGCCAUCAACAUGUAUUUAUCAUCAUAUUUUAUUAAAGAGCCUUGUGUUCUCAACAGAA